CGCUGGCGCUGCACUUCAUUGGAAACAUCACCACCGCUAUACAACUUGAACUAAUACCCUCGUCCUCGAUCUCGCAGAGUCGGAUUCUCAAUUCUUUUUCGCUUCCUCUAUUAUAGCAUGAACACUUCCUCGUCGUCCCCCUAAGUCCCUCCUCCCGCUUUUCUUUUCCCUUCAUUUUCCUCUAAUUUUGGCCGUUCGUUCAUCCUGUCCUGCAGCAUCAGCCUGUGCAACGGCCGCAUACAUACAACUACUACCGAAUUGACCUUUGCACCCACCGAGUUUGAGUCCCAUACUAACACUUUCGAGUCUGACUCGGAUACCACACCACUCGACCCGCGACAAUGCGUAUGCCACUGGACAAGCAUGGGCGGAUAAAAACGGUCCUGCACGGGGUUCAAGCGGGCAUUUUGUUCCUUGCCUGGGUUCUCACGAUAGCCGUCUUCACGCGGAAAGGCCACUCGGACGGCCGAGUAGGAUGGUACUUUGGCCUAUGCUGGCUGACAAUUCCGAUCCUGAUCUACCUUGUCAUGGUACCGAUGUGGUCCCGUGCCCGCCGGUUUGCGAACGUAUAUGCCUACGCCACACUCGAUGGACUGUCGGUGAUUUUAUGGCUGAGUGCUUGGGCAGCAGUGGCCUCUUACGUCGCGUCGGGCAAAGGCAAAGGCGACAAAAAGGAUGCGUCGGGCUGCGACAAUUUCAAAUACGGCAGUCCCGGGAGGUGCAAGCUGAGCGAGGCCAUCAUUGUGUUCGGCGUGUUCGAGAUGGUCUUGUUCCUCGCCACGUCUCUAUUCUCCUUCCGCGCCGUCAUGACCUACAAGCGAACUGGCAUGAUGCCGGCGGAGGUAGCUGGGGCUGGCGCGGUUGGGGCUGAUGGAAAACACGAUGCUGCUGAGGUUGUGGCCCAAGAGGACGACCCAUUCUCGAGCAACAUCCGACCGGACGAAGAAGAUUUCGAAACCAACGAGCAAUACCAUCAUGGCGCCGGUAGGCAGGACUAUGCCUAUCCCAGGACCUCCUUCGAUCAUGACGAUACAUAUGCUCCUCUGCACCAAGGCGAUCAGGACGAUCUGGUUCAUAUGCCACCCGAGCAGCCGCAGAGCCCAUUGAACCAUAACGGCUUUCCCAACCAUGAUUAUGAUACGAGCUAUACUGGCGCAUACGGCAGCCAAGGCCAGCAGCACAUGCCGUACAGAUGACGACUGGAUUCCUUUCAUAAUUCUUUCCUGUUGCCUACCGCGGGGCUGAAGUCCAGCUAACCGUGGGCUGUUGAGUCAGACACUACGACUGGCCAACCUGCACAAAAUCAGCUGGAGUUUCGCCGAUUAAUCGUGUUAGUCUCCUUUUGCUGCUGCUUUGGAAAGCGUCUGAGCGUUUCCUAGUCUUUACACCUGUCACUGAAUUGGUUGAAGCUUUCAAUGCUCAUGGGUUACUUGUGUGCACUCCGCCGCAAUACCUUUUGAUCGGCCUAAGAUAUUGUUUUAUGAACCCCCCUCCCCUUGGAACCUAUCCGAUAACGGUACUCUUUUACAUGAAUCUUCGGGAUAUAACCCACUUUGAUGGGCAAAGAUCGCACAUUACGCCAAUAACACGGCGGCGUCGGCCGGCUUCAUGUGUCACGAAAUUGUUUGUAGAGUCUGGAUAUAAAUACCUAGGUAGCGGAUUAUGUUGGUUGCAUGGGCCACAGCACAUAAACGCUCCAUUAUUGUAUCACAGCCGCGAGCCUACCAGCGCAGACUGUGGUUGUGGACCGUUCUGUUAGAACUGGAUCAAUGCGAGAUAUGACCACCUCUGAUGAGAUAUAUUGCUCAUGAGAAACAUGCAUCAAUUGACCGCUAAGCAAUGAACUUGAAAUGCGACUUAUUCCAUCCAUAUCUGC